AUGAGAACUUCACUUGGAAGAGCUAUUUCACGAGCUAGAAUCUCGAGUCGAGUCUCUGCUUCUCGACUUUCCAUCAAUGCAUCCAGGGCUGUUUUGGCAUCCCAGCCAUUUACCGAGAUCGGUAAUAAUGCUGGCAGCAGAACCCCGGCUAUAAGCUACAGAGCUUACUCCAAACAGGCCAAAUUGACUAAGGACACUUAUCACACUGAAAGAGGAGACUAUGGCCAAUUGACAUCUGAGGAUAUUGCUUACUUCAAGUCCAUUCUCCCAGAAAACGGAGUUGUCCAAGACAAAACCGAUUUAGAAAUUUAUAACCAGGACUGGAUGAGGAAGUACAGAGGUUCAUCUGAGCUUGUUCUGAAGCCCAAAACCACUGAACAAGUCAGCCAAAUUUUAAAGUAUUGUAAUGAAAAGAAACUUGCUGUCGUACCACAAGGUGGUAAUACUGGUCUCGUAGGUGGCUCAGUCCCAGUAUUUGAUGAAGUAGUUAUUUCGUUGGCCAACAUGAAUCAGAUUCAGAGCUUCGACCCAGUCACUGGUAUUCUUGUGGCUGAUGCAGGUGUGAUUUUGGAAAAUGCCGAUAAUUUCCUGCGUGAGCAAGGAUUUAUUUUUCCUCUUGAUCUCGGAGCCAAGGGAUCUUGUCACAUUGGAGGAAAUGUUGCAACUAACGCUGGUGGAUUACGUCUGUUGAGAUAUGGAAGUUUGCAUGGUUCAGUAUUGGGACUCCAGGCUGUUCUUGCUGAUGGUACUAUCUACAAUGGUCUUAGCAAACUUCGUAAGGAUAAUACAGGCUACGAUCUCAAGCAAUUAUUCAUCGGAUCUGAAGGUACUCUUGGUAUAAUCACUGCUGUUUCGAUUCUUUGUGCUCCCAAGCCGUUGGCGGUGAAUGCUGCAUUCCUUGGCCUGGACUCCUUUGAGCAAGUUCAAAAGACCUUUGGUAGAGCUAAAGGAGAACUAUCAGAAAUUUUAUCUGCCUUUGAAUGCAUGGAUGCCAAUUCACAAAACAUUGUGGCUAAAUACACCGAUUUAGCCCGUCCAUUAGAAGGCAGUCAUCCAUUCUACGUUCUGAUCGAGACUAGUGGCUCAAAUAAAGACCAUGAUGAUGCCAAGUUGGAAAAGUUCUUGGAAGGAUUACUUGAAGAUGAAGUCAUUGCUGAUGGAGUCGUUGCUCAAGACGAGACGCAACUUAAAAACCUUUGGCAAUGGAGAGAGCUAAUUCCUGAGAAGCUGGGUCACGGUGGUGUAUAUAAGUAUGAUGUUUCCAUUCCACUUGCCGAUAUGUUCAAACUUGUGGACGAUGUUCAAGCACGUCUUGAGGAAGCUGGAGUUGUUGGUGAUUCAGAAGAAUUCCCCGCUAUUGCUUCUGUUGGAUAUGGACACAUUGGUGAUGGAAACCUCCAUCUCAACGUUCCACUUAGAAGAUACGAUGAAAAGGUAGAAAAGCUACUGGAACCAUUUGUUUACGAGUGGGUAUCAAAGGUCAAUGGUUCAAUUUCAGCUGAACACGGUCUUGGUUUUGCCAAGAAAAACUACAUUCAGUACUCGAAGGACGCGGGAUCCAUCGAACUCAUCCGUGAUCUUAAGAAACUGUAUGACCCCAAGGCUAUCUUGAACCCAUACAAGUAUGUCUAA